UCCCUGACUGUCAUAUAGAACGAUGAGGUAGUUAUGGAAUAAAGAUCCAAAAAGUUUGAAUGAUUUUCGUUUGAAAGCCCUUCCCAUCUUAGUAAUGAAUGCUUUACUAUGCUUUCAAUCACAUUAUUAUUUCCUAGAGUACAAUCCAGAUACUAUUCAUUAGCUAUUGAUUCUCUGAUCUAGAAGAGGGACUAAUAUUAAUAGGAUGACAGGAUGACCUGUAGAGAAAGUAAAAAGUGGGGAACUGUCAUCCUGGAAAGAGAAAUUGAUGCUAAUAAAGCAAAGCUGCACAUUGUGCCUUAGAAAAACAUCAUAGAUUCAAAUGUGUUUUAAAAAGUAAGAGUCAUGCAAAUAUAAAGUGGUAAAACAUCCCCAAAUUAUUAAUGUAUUACAAAUAACAUGCCCAUGUGCAAAUCAGCUUUUGGAAACUUAACGUUCAUUUUCCAUUGCACUCAAUGUUACUCGUCUUUUUAUUCUCAGAACCUGGCACUUAGUAGGUGCUCAGGAAAUGUCUGUUGGAUUGAAAAGGCAGUGGUUUGAUAGUGAAGCCAGCAUAUUUAGGCAUAAUUUCUCUGAUCUGUUUAUCAGUUCCAGUUGUUUGCUACAUGGAAUUGUUCAUAUAUAGAAAAUACUAACCUCUAUUGCUGGACCAUUGUCGAAAACUGUUAAAACCCAAGAGACUGAUAUUGACUCUGAGGCAUUGAAAUUGAGUGAGAAUGUUAUUGAGAAAAAAUCUGAGUGCUUGGAGGUCCAGCAUGGUGAGGACAAGAUCUGCUGUCAGCCAUGUCCUCCUGGCACAAAGAGAGCUACUGAUUGUGCUGCCAAACCAGCCAAUGAGAACAUAACAGUCUGUGUGCCCUGCUCAGAAGGGGUGGAGUACACAGACGAGAAACAUUAUUCUUCUACAUGCAGAAGAUGUAGCAUUUGUGAUGAAGGAGAGGGUCAAGAAGUGGAAAAAAAUUGCACCAGUACCCAGAACACCAAGUGCAAAUGUAAAUCAAACUUUUUUUGUAAUGUUUCUCCAUGUGAACACUGUAACCGUUGCACUACGUGUGAACAUGGGAUCAUUGAGGCUUGCACACCAACCAGUAACACUAAAUGCAAAGAAGGAUCCAGGUCUAACUUACAAUGGUUGUUCGUCCUCCUCCUGAUCCCGGUGAUAAUAGCUGUAGUAAUAUAUUACAGAAAGAAAAUAUGUCCCAGAAAUAAGAAGGAUGGUCACCGUGAACGUGUAGCCUCAACUACUGAAAUGGUACCAAUGAAUCUCCCAGACGUUGACUUGAGUAAAUAUAUUAGUAUGAUUGCUGAACAAAUGGAAAUGAAUCAAGUUAAAGAAUUUGCUAGGAAGAAUGGUAUUGAAGAAGCCAAAAUCGAUGAGAUCGAGCUCAACUAUCCCAACAAUACUGCUGAGAAGAAAGUCCAGUUGCUCCGUUGUUGGUAUCAACGUCAUGGGAAGAAAGGCGCAUAUGACACUUUGAUUAAAAGUCUCAAAAAAGCCAAUCUUUGUGUACUUGCAGAGAAAAUUCAAGAUACAAUCCAGAAGGACAUUGCUAGUGAACAUGAAAAUGCAAACUCCAAUAAUGAAAAUGAAACACAAAUCUUAGUCUAAAGUGAAAAACAACUA